AACAGAUAUCGCAUCAAAUAGUCAUAACCACCAUUCGCUGGUAAACUUGACAACGACAAUGUUUAAUAAGAGUUUGUACAAUUUCUUUAUACUGGGCGUAUUUGCGCUAAUUGCCAUUGUUAAGGCACAGGAUGAUUAUGGGUUGGCCAACACCAUUUUGAGUUCCGUCUCAUCCGUGCAGUACGACCCAUCGAGAAGCCAACAAUGUUUCUCGGUAUAUCUUCCGAAAUUGAACGAUAUAACGAAUGAGUAUGAGGCUCAAUAUCAGGAAUGUUUGGAGAAGAGUACCAAUUCUCAGGACGAUGUUCGUAACGAGGUUGCACCCGCUGCAGAUUCGGUCAGUAGCACUGUUCAACAAAUUUGUGGUGCAUUCAAUGAUUGUGAUUUUGGUGAGGAUCCAUCAGGCUUUUUCUCGUGUAGCAAUGAAGCGGCUGUCAGAGCCACAUCCCAAGCUUAUGGCGUUCAAACUUUGGCCCAAGAUCGAGUUCAAUACAUCAAACUGAAAUAUGAGCAAAUUCAAUACAGUCAAAAUGUCUGUAGUUCCAAUGCUUCGGAUAUAUAUGUAAAGGACACGGCAAAGGUUCAUGCUCAAUUGCAAGAUUGCUUAGCUGGAAAGGAACCCGAAACAUCAACCGGUUCAAAUUAUAUAGUUGCAUAAAAAAUAAAUAAUUAAACAAUAUUCUACAUGCAUAUCCUAAA